AUGGCAGAAGGCGCGAUGCAGCGCUGGUACGUAGAGCUUGCGCGCUGGGCAGAGCUGCACGAAGCGGAGCUGUGUGUGGAGCGCGAACGCUUGCAGCGGCGAUGCGUCUUUUCCAUCGAUAUACCCCACUUUGCCUACCUGCUCCAGCGCUGCGAUGCGCUCGGAUUGCCUGUCGGCGACCUGGACCCGGAUGUACAGCUCGAGCACGCCCUCGCCAGUGAGGUGCCAGUGAGCACUAUACAAGACAAAUUGCGCGGCAUGUUUUCGCUCCAGGAUAGCGUCGAUACCCUAUCGAUCCUCUGGGGCACGAUGCCGCUUCCGUCCGACGACCCCGACGCGCCGUUCCGCACGCUGUACCGGAUCCUGACGCAAGUUCGGGCUUUGGAGCUCUACCCAUCCUCGUCCAUCCACACGCAUGCCGUUUCACUGCACGCGUGCAAAAGUCUCACCGAGCUGACCCUGCGCGGCGUGCGGCCCGAAAUGGUGCACGGCUGGGACCGUUUGUGCGUGCAGCUGUGCGCGCUGGAAUGCUCCGGCGUCGACAUACCCGACAUUACAGACAUUUUCACCACCCUUGUGAGCCGCGAGUUGCCGCACGCAGAAGCACUGCCUGCGGCCGCGUGGCAUUCGCUCCGGUAUGCGAAUCUAUCCCGGAACGCGCUCACCUUUGUGCCGGAAUCUGCACUGAAGCAUGUGCCUGGCCUCGUCCAUCUUGACAUCUCGCACAAUCUCCUAAGUGCUGUGCCGCCCGCGCUCGAGCUGCUGCCGAAUCUGCGUGCGCUUAACGUGGCUGACAACAUGGUCGAUAGUGUGCACGGCAUCUAUCAUACGCUCAAAGCGAUCCGCACCCUCAAUCUCGCACACAACCGACUCGAGAGCGUGUGCGGCGUCGAGCGCCUCGCAACACUCGAGCAAGCCGACUUGCGCGGCAACCAAAUUUGGGAUACGGGCGAGAUUGGCAGGCUCGCGCAGCUGCCGCACUGUACACACGUCUGGAUAGAGGAGAAUCCGUUGAUGUACACCGUACAAAACGCACGCGUGGCUUGCUUUGCCCUCUUCGCCCUCGAGCACAAAGAGGUGGUGCUUGACGAUGCGCCGGCUGGAUUCUUUGAGCGGCGCCACGUUGCAGAACGGCUCGCGAAGCGCGUCGCAAUGGCGCCGCAGCGCCACCACGCGGAUGCAAAAAUGGCCACCGAGGUGCGGCACACUGCACUGCACGCCAAGCAGCCUUCCCCUGAGAUGCCCAAGCCCCGGCGCGCCCGGCCGCGGCGCACCGAUCCAGGGCCACGCGCAGGCACGGAAGACAAGGCAUUGCGCCGCUCGCGCCCCUCUGAGCUGCCGGGCGUGCCAGAAGCGCAAAAAGCGGCCGAUAUGCCGUCCAUGCCGCGCGCUCCUUUUAAGCAGCGCAUUGAAAAGCUGCGCAAUUCUGCGGGCGACGACUGGCUCCGCCAGCUUGCGCGCGGCGAGUUGCAGGACGAGCCAGCAUACCCCAUCCAAGCGCCGAACGAAGACGCGCCGAGCGGCGUGUGGGCUGUCAUCGGUGGCAUCCUAUCCACACCGAUCGGUGCCGCAUUGACGAGCGUUGCGGUGGCUACGGGCGCUACGUAUGUCUGGUGGCGCUACCUGCGGCGUAUCCCGAAUACAGGCUACCUCACUCCUGCCGUGCUCAAAACACACACGACGCUUGUAGGCAAAGUCACGAGCGUGGGCGACGCCGAUGGAUUCCGUGUAUACCACACGCCCGGCUUGCCGAUUUUGCGGACCCUGUUUCAUCGUGUGCCGAGCAAGCCUUCUGCGCUGCGGGACCAGACCAUCUCUGUUCGUAUCGCCGGUGCAGACGCGCCGGAAGCCGCGCAUUUCGGCCGCGCUGCGCAGCCGUUUGCGGCGGAGGCCAAAGAGGAGCUGAAGCGCCUCGUCGACGGGCGUAUGGUCACGCUCGACGUUGCGCACAUUGACCAGUACAGACGUCUUGUUGCAAUACCGUACGUAUGGCACCCGCCGUACAUUUUUGGGCGCACCAAUGUAUCCUUGACGAUGGUGCGCAAAGGACUCGCCACCGUGUAUCGGAAUGCUGGUGCGGCGUACGGCCAAGCGGGAUUCUUCUCGCGCUACAUUCUACAUUCGCGCUCCGGACUGCGCAGCUUGGAGCGUGCGGAAGAAAUCAUGCGUCUUGGCAUGUGGAGCCUCGGCAGGAAACUCGAGACGCCGGCGGAAUAUAAACGGCGCAACGCAGAUAGAUGA